AUGCUACCGAAAAUGAUGCACCGCCACGGCACGAUCGCGUUCGCGUUACCCUGGAAACGGUCGACAACCCUAGUGGUGUUGUGGGUGUUUUUGAUGGUGCUGGUAGUGUUUGCGGACCGUACCUCUUCCACUUCCGGCGAGGACGAUGCGGCCACGGUGGUUCGUGGUACCGGCAGCCAUUACGCUGCCCUGUCCGGGGCCCCAGGCCUGGCGGCGGAAAUGCUGAAAGCCCAUCCGGCCGGUACGUUCGCGGUUGACGACGGUUCGCAACCCGUCUUUCCGGACCGACCGGAUGCGGUGUACUUUGCGGUGGCGGUCAACGGUGGUGCGAAGCUGUGGGGACGCACGCUGGCCCGCACGCUGAUCGAUAUGGGGCCACCGUUCGGGAAUCCGCAGGGACCACCGUUGCGGCCGAUCUACAUCAAUCUGCCAGACAGCGGGCGGUUCUCUUCCAAGCUUAUGACGACCGCGUGUGACUCGAUCGACGGUAUGCCACUGGCCGGGAUGGUUAUCGUUGGCGAUAGUGCUGCGGCCAAAUCGCUAGCCCUGGCCGGUAAUGCCAUGAAGGUGCCCGUACUGUGGGCGAAGGGAGGCAUAGCUACUCUGCAUAACUCCUACGACGAGCUAUCAACCAAAUUACAAGCAAUACUGCAGCCAUCCUCUAGGGAAAUUUUUGAAGCCAUUAGAGCAACCUUUUUACAAGUUCACUGGCACUCAUACCAUAUUCUGUGCGAUGUCGAUACGUACGUUCUUAUAAGCGGCAAAAAAGGAGCACCACUACGUCAGAAACCACUGAAUCCAAUUAUAGUGACCCUACCAACGAACUUCGAUUUGAUUUAUAAGAAACUAGCGUACAUUUCCCGAUCUACCAAAGGAGUUGUGUUGGUGCUGUGCAAUCUGAAGGUAGCUCGGCUUAUAAUGGCUGAAGCGCAGCGUAUGAAGAUGCUAAACGGUCACUUUGUGUGGCUGUGGAUGGAUACGACCUCUGCGACGGAGUUCUACGAUUCCGGACAAACCACGUACGAAACCAAGCAGUCGCUAGAUGUUGGUCCCGGAGGGCGUAGCGAGCUGGAGACCGACUUUUACGACACGUUCGAUAUGCGCCACCAGUCCCACUUGGCCGAUCUCGUCGAGCGCAGGAUGGAGUUUGAGGACUUCGAUCCACGAUUGCGCAAAAACCGAACCCGCACGUACGUCGACAGUCACGCGUCGCGGUUUGGCAGUGCGGCACUCAUCAAUCCGAGGCCGGAUGUUACGCCCGACACGUUGCGGGGCAAUACGAAGCACAGCAAAGGGCGCCGACCGGCGGACAAUUCUAAGAAUGGUCGGGGCAGGGCGGGAACUGCCAGUAACAAUACCGUGGUUAAUGUGGCCCGCCGAACGGAGCGUUUCGACGAGCUGCCGGAGGAAUCGGACGAGUUUGAAGACUUUGAAGAUGAACGAACAUUGCCGCUGAGCGCCACCACGGACGAUGAGCAGUAUCAAACCGGACCGGAUAAUGAGCCGGAGAUCAAGCUGAAGCGCAGCAGCGAGUACCUGAAGCUACACAACUCUUCCGGACACGUGCUGUUCCAUCACAACCAAGACUUCCCGGUGGGAUUGCUUGCGCUACGACCGAUCAAGAUGAAGAUCGAUCGGCAUUUUAUUCGUGCGGCCGUGCGUUUGUUUGCGGCGACAUGGGCCAAGGUCGAGCGGGAUGAUACACCGACCGUGGGAAAGGGGCGACCAACGGGACGGGAUGGGCCGGGACCGACCGGUACCGGUCGUGGUAAUACGCAGGACCAAUCGAAAGCCCCACGGGGUCAACAGCGACCGGUGCAGCUGCAGCAGAAGCGAUCCGUUGCUGCCCAUCCGCCGUUGACCGCUGUCGCGGGAGAUACGAUUUUAACAUUACCAGUUAACAGUGCAAAUACACAACAAAGUGUUCAGGAGCCUAGUUUAUUGGGCCAACGGACGGUGGUGAUGGUGGACGGUGGCGAUGGUGGUGGGUCGCCGACCCAAACGACACAGCCAGUGCACGAAACGAACGAUAUUAUUUCGCCUAUAAGCAAUAGUAGUGCAAAUUUACGUGAUGUCAGUAGUACAAAUAGUUCUAGAGUUAAGCGUCAAAGCACCUGGUGGUCAGCGACCACGAAUCACAAAUAUUACCCAGAGCGGGGUGGCGGCAGUGCCGGAGGUGGUCGAAGUCGUGGUGGAGCUACGCGCUACAAGGGUGGCUGCAUGGGUACCAUUAAUCGAGCCGAACAGGCUAAGGCGUACAAUUUUGCAAAGAAUCUGCAGAUGAAUGCCCGGCAAGCGCUGUCCGGAUUUCCGAUAGCAAGUGGGUUCAUCGAAAAGUCGCUCGUUAGCCAUUUUGAAAUGCUGAACCUCGUGCCGACAACGAGACAAUCAUCAUCAACACCAAAGGGAGAUUAUCACACGGACCGAGGAGAGGGUGCCAGAUAUGUCAAUCCGUCAGUGAACGGUACUGCUGGGGCUAGCGGUAUGGGUAGUUCGGCUGGUACCGCCACCACUACAAAAUGGCGUCGUGUGGGACUUAUUACGGGACGCUUGGUACAUCUGGACACGAUCAUAUGGCCCGGCGGAGAUGUAACCGUGUCAGGGCUCGCCGGCAAGGCAAAAACCAUGUUCCGAGUGGUGGUUUCGGUGGCACCACCAUUUGUGAUGGAAUCACCGGUCAACGAAGAGGGCGAGUGUUUGCGGGGUCUUAUCUGCUACCAAAUACACACCACCGGACGACACAAUCUGACGCUGAUGUUUAACGAAAUUGAGCGGCGCAAUCGUUUGAGGGAGAUCAAUCAAUCUCCCAACCACUACCAGGAGGACCAGCGUCAGCCGUAUCCACUGUAUCGAACACGCUGCUGCUACGGCCUUUCGAUGGAUUUGCUCCAGAAGUUGGCGUCGGAAAUUAACUUCGAUUUUCAUCUGUACAUCGUGCACGAUGGACUGUUCGGACGGCGAAUACCUACGCCGCCGCCCGAACAGUCGGGACCGUCAUCGAACAUUAGGAAACCAACCGUACCCACGUACGUGGAAUCAAAAUCCAAGUUUGACGCACAAUCUGGAAGAAGCUUAAAACGAGGAUCGAAGCUGAAGCUUUCACAGGCUGGCAUGAACUUCACCAGAGAAGAACUGCAACCGUAUCUCUUCGAAUAUUCGACAGCACCACCGCCGGUGCAGACGAGACAACAAUGGAAUGGUGUUAUCGGAGAUUUAAUAUCCGGUACUGCUGACCUAUCCUUCGCGCCGCUUAGCGUGUCUAAGGCUCGCUCGGAGGUGAUCGAUUUUACGAUACCGUACUUCCAUGGUGGUGUAUCCCUGCUGGCCGCACCGGAAGCGGCCACCGAUAUACCAUUGCUAGCGUUUCUACUGCCCUUCUCGCCAGAGCUCUGGAUAGCCAUCUUUACCUCGCUGAACGUUACCGCAGUGGCAGUAGCGAUCUACGAAUGGUUGAGUCCGUUCGGUUUGAAUCCCUGGGGACGGCAGCGGAGCAAAAACUUCAGCAUGUCGUCCGCACUCUGGGUAAUGUGGGGUCUGCUUUGUGGGCAUCUGGUCGCAUUCAAGGCACCCAAAUCGUGGCCCAACAAAUUCCUGAUCAACGUGUGGGGUGGCUUCAGCGUCAUCUUCAUUGCGUCCUACACUGCCAACAUUGCGGCGCUGAUAGCGGGUUUGCUGUUUCACAACGAAGCAAAGUACUACGAAAUGUCGAUGUUGACGCAACGUGUUGGAUCACCGAUCGCUACGGCAGCCGAAUCGUACGUCCAACAGAACGAUAAGCGACUUUGGGAACAUAUGAAAAAGUAUCAGCUGCAAAGCAUCGACGAAGGAAUCGAACGGCUAAAAAACCGCACCAUCGAUCUGCUCAUGUGUGAUACACCCAUAUUGGAUUACUAUCGUGGUACGGACCAAAGCUGCUCACUGCAGCGAAUAGGUGAUAACUAUAUUGAAGACUCAUACGCGAUAGGCAUGUCCAAAGGGUUCCCGCUGAAGAAAACGAUGUCGGCAUUGAUCUCGAAGUAUUCUAACGAUGGCUAUCUGGACAUACUCACUGCGAAGUGGUACGGAGAUCUGCCUUGUUUUAGGCUGGAUCGCGAAAUGGCACAGCCGAAACCGCUCGGGGUAACGGCGGUGGCCGGUGUCUUUCUGCUUCUGGGCGUCGGCAUGGUGCUCGGCGUGCUGAUACUGAUCAUCGAGCACGUGUUUUACAAAUACACACUCCCCAUCCUCCGUCACCAGCCGAAGGACACGAUCUGGAAGAGCCGUAACAUCAUGUUCUUCAGCCAGAAGCUGUACCGCUUUAUCAACUGUGUCGAGCUGGUAUCUCCACAUCAUGCCGCCAAGGAGCUGGUGCACACGAUCCGCCAAGGCCAGAUUACCAGCCUGUUCCAAAAGAGCGUCAAACGGAAGGAGGAUGAACAGAGACGCCGGCGCAAGAGCAAAGCCCAGUUCUUCGAGAUGAUCCAGGAAAUACGCAGAAACAUCAAACUCGACAGGGUGCAGCUGGACACGGACGUGGACGCAUCGCUGUCGGCAACGUCGGAAAGCACCUCCCAGGCAUUGCUGCCGGAGGUGCAUCCGGCCGGUUCCCGCCUGUCAGCGUCGGCUUCGACCAGCAGACGCGCCAGCCCGGGGCGUUUAUCGCGCGCCGGGUUCGGGUUCGGGAAAUCCCGCGACGGAGGCAGCAAAAGUUCGUCCUUCUCUUCAUCGCUCAAUGUGCGCCGGUUUAGCACGGAUAGCAUCAUUAGCGAACGGCUCGGGACGAUCGGUCGACGGCUCAGCCGUGAUGCAGCCACCAGCUCGCCGCCGGAUCUGUCGCAUCAUUUCGAAACCUUUGGCAAGGGCAGCUCCGCGGAACCAGCAACCGGUUCCAAGUUCGACACAUACUCGGGUAAGAACAACAGCAGGGAGAGCGUGGCCGUGUUCAAGUGUGACACGUUCAAUGGUAAGGUGACGCCUGGCGGGGGGCUAGACACGGUGGACACUGCCAGGGAUCCGGGGUCGGAGGGACGCAUUAAUAAACCAGACGGCGAGGAAAAACCGAUCCUGCCGGUAAAGACCAAGAAACGUUCCCGCCGCUCACCGCUCAACCUCGAACUGUACGAAACGGGCCGCCGGCGGCUCAUUCCCAUUAACGAACGGGUGGCGCAAGGACUUGCACCACCGUUUCUCGAGGCCGACACCGGAAGUGCAAUGCUACGCGACAAGCUGCACGAGGAGCUGCGCCUAAAAUAUGGACAAACGCGGUGGAAGAGUGCGCAGGCGGAGGAGGUAGUGGUUACGGUGUCGGGGGUGAACGAAACGGGGAACCACACCGGUGGCAAACCAAGGCGGCCCAGCCGCCGAACAUAG